AUGCGGGUCUGUCUGUCCCGUUGCGGGUCUCCGGAUGCCGUUUCGGUGCGGGGCCAGGGGUGGCGCUUUGCAAUCAGUGUCUGGGCGGUGUCGGAGCUCGGCAGCAGCUUUGAGCAGCAUCGCAGGGAAUUGCAUGGUGUCACCGUUUAGCUUAGCUCAAAUCAGGACAGUCACCACUCGCAUCACCUGCUGACCCUCACCAGGGCUCUCGUCCUGCUUGGAUUUCUUCCCAGUCUUUACCUGGAAGGUUUGGCGCUUGGCACCUUGUUUCUGCAGUUUGGAAUCACCUAGAGAUUUGUGUGUGCUUGGCAACAUCUGGUCAUCCGCAGCUGCUCUGACAUUGGGGUUGUGCUGCCAAGAUGCUUCCUCAGACAACACUGAAAGCGUAGUUGAUUGAUUGUGAACUUGCAUAAAAGGCUGCUUGAAAAUUUCCACCAGAACAAGGCUCUUAAGUCCUCUCAUCAGAUGCUUUUCUUACUCGCUGAUGUUCCUCUGCCUCUCUCUAGCGAUACUAUUUUACGUCCAGAAUGAGACUGGAACUGAGCUUUGGAAAAACAAAGUGGAGCCUGGAGCAUGCGGCCUGAGGAUUGCCUUACAAAGCCAGGGGUGGUAGCUAAGAAGUGAGCAGGAUGCCCCCAGGCAUUUACUGCCCUAUGGAAUUCUGGUCCAAGGGGGAAAACCAAAACAUCCAGGUGGACUUUCUGCUGCCCACAGGAAUAUACUUAAACCUCUCUGUGUCCUGCAAUGCUAGCUUGGGCACCAUCAAGCAGGUGGUGUGGAAGCAUGCCCAGAAUGAGCCGCUGUUCCAUAUGCUCAGUGAUCCUGAGGCUUAUGUCUUCACCUGCAUCAACCAGACAGCAGAACAGCAGGAGCUGGAGGACGAGCAACGGCGGCUUUGUGACAUUCAGCCCUUUCUACCAGUACUGCGGCUCGUGGCUAGAGAAGGAGACAGAGUCAAGAAACUUAUUAACUCCCAGAUCAGCCUGCUCAUUGGAAAAGGUUUGCAUGAGUUCGACUCGGUGCAGGAUCCAGAGGUGAAUGAUUUCCGCACCAAAAUGUGCCAGUUCUGUGAGGAGAGAGCAGCAAAGCGGCAGCAGCUCAGCUGGGCAGCUUGGAUGGAGUACAGCUUUCCUUUGCAGCUGGAGCCCAUGGCCAAAGGCUUUGGGACUGGCCUUCUACAUAACCCUACUAAGAACAUUUUUGUCAACGUCAAGUUUCAGUCUGGCGGGGAGAGCUUCACUUUCCAGAUCUCCCCAAAGGAGUUCCCCAUCACGUUAAUGAGCUACGCCAUCAAGAAGCAGGCUACUGUCUUCCGCCACGAGACAGUGGAGAACCCGGAGGACUACACCCUGCAGGUGAAUGGGAAAUGUGAAUAUCUCUAUGGGAACUACCCCCUCUACCAGUUCCAGUACAUUCGCAGCUGCCUGCACCAAGGCCUGACGCCCCACCUGACCAUGGUACACUGCUCCACUAUCAUCGCUAUGAGAGAUGAGCAAACCAACUGUAUCGCCAGCCCCCCAAAGAUGACUGCCAAGCCUCCCCCGCUCCCCAAGAAAAGGCCAAACUAUGGUUCCCUCUGGUCCUUAGAGCAGCCUUUCUACAUCGAACUGGUGCAAGGCAGCAAGGUCAAUGCAGAUGAGAGGAUGAAGCUGGUGGUGCAAGCAGGUCUCUUUCAUGGCAAUGAGAUGCUGUGCAAGACGGUGUCAAGCUCUGAAGUGAAUGUGUGCUCAGAGCCAGUGUGGAAACAGAGGCUGGAUUUUGAUAUUAACAUCUGUGAUCUGCCCCGUAUGGCUCGGCUCUGCUUUGCCCUCUAUUCUGUUGUCGAAAAAGCGAAGAAAGCGCGUUCUACCAAGAAGAAGUCCAAGAAAGCUGACUGCCCCAUUGCCUGGGUGAAUGUCAUGCUCUUUGACUAUAAGGACCAGCUGAAAACGGGGGAGUGCUGCUUGCACAUGUGGUCAUCCUUUCCAGAUGAGAAGGGGGAACUUCUGAACCCCAUGGGCACAGUACAAUGCAACCCCAACACAGACAGUGCAGCAGCCUUGGUCAUCUGCUUUCCCAGCGUUGCAUCACACCCUGUGUACUACCCGUCGUUUGAGCAGCUGCUGGAGGUGGGGAGGAAUGGAGAACAACCCCGUGCUGCACCAGAAGACCCUGAGGAGAAGCUGCAACUGAAGGAAAUCCUGGAGCGGAGGAGCUACACUGAACUAUAUGAGCAUGAGAAAGACCUGGUGUGGAAGAUGCGCUACGAUAUCCGGGAUCAAUACCCGCAAGCUUUGGCAAAGCUGCUUAUCAUCACCAAAUGGAACAAGCAUGAAGACGUUGCCCAGAUGAUUUCUCUGCUUCAGACCUGGCCAGAGUUGCCUGUCCUGAAUGCCUUGGAGCUGCUGGAUUUUAGCUUUCCUGAUCGUUAUGUUGGUUCCUUUGCUAUCAACUCAUUAAAGAAGCUGACAGAUCAUGAAUUGCUCCAAUACCUGCUACAGCUCGUCCAGGUCCUUAAGUAUGAAUCCUACUUCGACUGUGAAUUAACCAAGUUCCUGCUGGACAGGGCGUUAUCCAACCGCAAGAUCGGCCACUUCCUAUUCUGGCAUCUGAGGUCAGAAAUGCAUGUUCCUGCAGUUGCCUUGAGGUUUGGCCUGAUCCUGGAAGCGUACUGCAGAGGCAGCACCCACCACAUGAAAGUUUUGAUGAAACAGGGAGAAGCACUCAACAAGAUGAAAUCUCUGAAUGACUUUGUUAAAUCAAGUUCUCAGAAGACCACCAAGCCUCAAACCAAGGAAAUGAUGCAUGUGUGCAUGAAGCAGGAGACUUACCGUGAAGCACUUUCCCAUCUCCAGUCCCCUCUGAACCCCAACAUUAUCCUCGCUGAAGUUUGUGUGGAUCAGUGCACCUUUAUGGACUCCAAAAUGAAACCUUUAUGGAUUGUGUUUAAUAAUGAAGAGACAGGCAGAGGUGGAGUGGGUGUCAUUUUUAAAAAUGGAGAUGAUCUUCGUCAGGACAUGCUGACCCUGCAGAUGAUCCAGCUGAUGGACAUCCUGUGGAAGCAGGAGGGCCUGGACUUGAGGAUGACCCCUUAUGGCUGCCUCUCCACAGGAGACAAGACUGGGCUGAUAGAAGUAGUCAUGCACUCCGACACCAUCGCCAACAUCCAGCUGAACAAGAGCAACAUGGCAGCCACCGCAGCCUUCAACAAGGAUGCGCUGCUAAACUGGCUAAAAUCCAAGAACCCAGGCGAUGCAUUAGAACAAGCUAUAGAGGAGUUCACUCUUUCCUGUGCUGGGUACUGCGUGGCAACGUAUGUGCUGGGGAUUGGUGACCGGCACAGCGAUAACAUCAUGAUCCGGGAAACUGGACAGCUGUUCCACAUUGAUUUCGGUCACUUUUUGGGGAACUUCAAGACUAAAUUUGGUAUUAAUAGAGAACGAGUUCCUUUCAUCUUAACCUAUGACUUUGUGCAUGUCAUCCAGCAAGGAAAAACUAACAACAAUGAGAAGUUUGAAAGGUUCAGGGGUUACUGUGAAAAAGCCUAUAUGAUUCUGAGGCGCCACGGUCUUCUCUUCCUGCACUUGUUUGCACUGAUGAAAGCUGCUGGCCUGCCAGAACUCAGCUGCUCUAAAGACAUUCAGUAUCUAAAGGAUUCCCUCGCUCUUGGGAAAACAGAUGAAGAAGCACUGAAGCACUUCAGACUAAAGUUUAACGAAGCCCUGCGAGAGAGCUGGAAAACCAAAGUGAACUGGCUGGCACACAACGUAUCCAAAGAUAACAGACAGUAGAGCAACAUCAGCCUGCACGGUUGCUCCAAGAGAAUGUAAUACCUGCACUGAGGCCAGCAAUUGCAGAUGGGUUCUUAAAGACCGAUGAAUGUUGCCCUGUUGAAGAUCCCCCACCUGCCUUCCCAGAGAUCAGACGUUUCUGCAUGACUGAAAAACUGUUGGACUGCCAUCGGCUGCAUAAUCGUGUCUGCUGUAGAUCUUUGGGGGACAAGGGAGAGACGUGAGGCAAUAAAAUACAGUGGCGUACAGUGAAAGGUAGGUAGAUGGACUGUACUCUUAAGAGCUUGUUGAGCUUCAAAUACAUCUAGUGGCAGAGUUCAGGCAGUUGUACCUCCCUUUCAGUGUGUUAACGUGUAUAUUUCUAUAGUCUUGUAAAUCUAGCUGAACACUGCGAACCUGCUAUCCCUGUAGCUCCUGCAAUACAGCCCAUCUUCUAGGUCUCCACCAUUACAGCUCAGAGGCAUUAACUCCACCACGUGAGCCUACCCCGUGUUUCAGUGUACACCGAGGUAGGUCAGCUUAAAUCACCACUGAGGCUGACCUGGACAAAUAGUUUUACUCCAUGUUGUGACAGGGUAAAAAUAUCCACGCUGUCCUCUUACUGUCUGUCCGUUAGAGAGGCCAAAGUGUUCUGAACCUGAACUGGAACCCAUCCAAGAGGUGGCUUGGAUGGGCCAGCGGGUUAGGUAUUUUUGUUUUCCUAAGUCAGACUUUAGUUGAGCCUCAAGCAAUUUCUGUGUUUCUGUGUUUAUUCCAUUUUUAAGCCUGGAAACAGUAAGACUGCAUCUUCAAACUGGCCUGCAGUGUCAGUUGCUGCAUUUACCUCCUCCUGGGGUACCUUAGAGCGAGUUUGCCACCUGUAAUUUGUGCGUGCGAGGCACCUGCCUACACCUACGUAAUCACUGGGAUGCAGCCCUGCAACUCCAGUGUCAACUGGAGGGACCGGACCGUUCUGUGCCCAGGUCCUCUGGUGGGUCUCCCUGCGCAAGGACAGAGGAGUGCCAGACAAGCGAGUUUAACACUGAAACACAGCUACAGAAAUUGCAUCUCAUCAUCUUAAUUCCUUGUUCCUUUCUGUGCUCUCCUUUCAACCAUGGUGUGCGCCUUCUCAUCUGCUAUUAGAGCUGGUGUGCCAAGACCGUGUGUCUGUAUGGGGGUUCAGCAACAGAGUAAGUCGCGGUCGCCUGUGCUGGUACCUAAAUCUGGACAAACGGUCUACUCCAGCCUCUUCCUCUUCCCACUGCUGCCUCUGCCUCCUUCCCAAGCAGGAUCUGCCCCAUCUUCCACAAGGUGCUGUAAUCAAUGAAGUAUUUCUCCUCAUGUGUCAUAUUUUUGUCUCCAGCUAGCGUCUCCCCUGGGGAGUCGUUCUGAGCACGGAUGGUGCACAGGGACAGGUAACAGGAGUCACUGCUGCCACUUGGCACCUCUGCACGCACAGCGAGGUGCACCCAGCAGGCUGUGGGUCAUGAAGGAAGAUAAGUGGAUCAGCAUGGCCAGUACCUGCUUCCUUUAGCAGUCCCGGAGGUGCUUCCUUCCAUUUCCCCGUGUUCUCCACAUCCGGUUCCUAUGGAGGUGCUACCAUUCCUGCCUUUUAAAGAUUUAAAGCAUAGCUCUUGUUUUUAGGCUGCCCCUAAAGCCGAAUCCUAUAUUUGAUUUGUAGGCCCUUAACCAGGCUGAGUGAUUUCCUUUUUACUCACAAAACUGUUUUUUAACAUUUUACUUACUCUUAUGUAGGUAAAAAAAGAAAAUGCAUUUCAGAUCCUGUUUCUAAAGAGAUGCAGGUAUUGUGAAAGGAUGGACUACUUACUUUCUCAUGG